AUGAUUCCCCAAGUCAAUGAUAUUGUCAUCAUCGAAGAAGAUGGUCACAAGUCGUCAUGGCCCAUGGCUCGGAUCACAGAAGUCGGAUCGAGAUCGGCAAAAAUGAUCACGGGAAAAACCAACCGGCUCAUUGAAAGACCAUUCAAAAAGAUAUAUCCACUUGAAGUGCGUCCAUCUGUUUCAUCCGAGAUAAAGACUACACCGACGACAACAUCCUCUUCUACCCAGGCUUUGCCCAUGAAUCCACAAGCAAUCCCUCUCCAAGCAGCUCACGAACAACCUAUUGCCAAACGGACUCGAAGUAGUCGUAUACUUCUCUCAUCAACAACCCUGUCUCUGGUUGUUGUUUUCUGCCUCCUUCAUUCUGUCACCGCAACAGAAACUUUGGACGGUUUCACACCUCAACAUAAAACCGCUGGUACUUCAAUCGUCGACAUCUGGAACACUAUCUCUUCACUUGUGACGGACAUCGCAAUCCACCUGGGUUAUAGUGUCAUGUUUCUCGGAAUUAUUGCAACACUAUACUGCUUCAGCAUUCUCCUCCAUGUCACGGACCUCGUAAGGAUAUUGGUACACUGGAUGGUUACCCUUUUGCGGAAGUUGAUUUCUACGGUUAUACGAAAGUGUAGAAUCCCCAGACCAUCCAAGCCGGUUACAAGGACUAUUGUCAUGUUGCAUUUCGUUCUGCUCGUCUACGGAUGCAAUGAUGUCAACCAUGCCAGAUCGGAUGAAACCGUUUGCUACAAUCGUAAUGCUGAAGGAAAUGGAACUCAUAUGGAAUGCGUGAUAAACAGUGUGUCACUCAUCAAUGUUCGAUCUACUGGAUCUAUCACAUGUCUUCAUUUUGGAGAUGCCCAACAGCCGGUGCUCACUUUGAAAAUUGAAAGUGACGCGAUAUCCACCUCAUGCCAGAAGAACACGUUAUUCUUCAGUCGGGACUUUAAGCUGGAUUACGAAUACAUUCAAAGAUGUGACAUGAAAGGUUCCUGCUCUGAAAAACAGUGCACAACUUUGGAUCCCGAUCAAGAUCUGCCGGAAUUGUCAAAUCUCGCCAAAUCAAAACCAGGAUUUACCGGAUGUUUACCAGGCUGUGGAUGUGUGAACUGUGGAUGUCUCUUUUGUGAUCCCAGCUGUCUUUUCUAUCGCACAUACGCCACACCAACCUCUAACACCAUUUACGAAGUAUUCCACUGUCCUUCCUGGACUCCGAAAUUGCGUGUCAAGAUUACGAUUAACAACAGUUCCUCCACGACAACAAAUUUGAGUCCCGGCGUCCGCUACAUGAUUCCAGGAACCAACAUUUCAUUGACUGCAAUUGGUCUCGUUUCUCCUCCAAUUUCGGCCCACUCCGCCAACUACAUCCAUGCUCGAUCUCCUGACGGACAACUUCUCUGGACCGCAUUGACCUUCAAUCCUGCUGCCUCCCCUGGAACGCCCACGAAAGGAUUCGUGGGAGAAUUGAUGUGUCCUACAAACAGUGAUGCUGAGGAUUUCAACUGCCAAUUCGACAACGCAUUAUGCAGAUGUGUAGGAUUUUCUACUUCGGUUCAAUGCAUUUGUCGUCACCAAAAGAUGAAGGAUUUCCAGCUGAAGAACAAACUGCCUUUUACGUCAUCGAACCAUCAAAUCAAAUUCAAUGACGAAACGGAACAAGUUGAAAUUGAUUCGACCUAUGAUGGAGUGAUGGGAAUCCAAGUGGACGCUAUCAAUGCCAGUGUGAGUAGGUUCACCGAAAUUUCCAGAUGUGUCACCACUCAAGUUGAAACCUUCAAUGGAUGCCUCUCGUGCCACACUGGUGUCAAACUCCACCUCAAAUGCCACUCUUCAGUCAAAACUUCCACGCUAGUCACUUGUAGUGACUUUCAUGCCAAUAUCGCCUGUGGACCUGACUCCCCCACCACUGAUCUCCAAUUUCACGUCAAAGCCGUUGGCCUUCAGUCGUCUUCUCCUUCAACCAUUGCCAUCAAUUGCUCGUCGGAUUGCGGACAUCGAGUGGAGUUUGUCGUUCGAGGCACUGCCGCUCCAAACCCUGCUUUUCUGCUUCAAAAUGAACUUAAAAUUAUGGGACGAACAAUAUUAGGCUCGGCCAACAUCAUGACUACAAACUGGCUCCGUGUCAUGAAUUAUCGAGAUCUCCGCUUAUUAGUCUGA